AUGAAGCUCCUGGACAACUCCUACAAGGCGGCGAUGCAGCGGGCGGGGUCCCUCAAGUCCCUGUGGAGCACCAACCUCCGGCAGGCCUGCCGCACGGGCGGCGCGUCGCUGUGCGGUUCCAGCAGCUUCGACACUGAGCAGGCGCGCGACGCGCUGCUGCUGGCGACGUCGCCGAUGGCGUUCGACAGCCGGGACGCGAAGCAGACGGGCGGCACGUCGCCCAUAUCGCCCCCGGGCGAUCAAGGGGAGUGCAACGCUUGCGUCGCGUUCUCUGUGGCUGCGGCAGCGGAGGCCGCAAUUGCGAGCGGGCUCAAACUGGCCGCGGGGGGCCCGCGCAUGCCCCGGCUGUCGCCGCGGGACCUCUUCUUUUGCGGCGGCGCCGGGGACGAGGCCGACUGCCUGUAUGGGUGGACCUUCAACUCGGCCCUGGCUGAGCUGACUAGGCGCAAGAGCCUGGCCAGCUGGGACUGCCUGCCGUUCACCAGCCUUCAGAACCUGCCGCUGCAGG